UCUGUUUCAAAUGAAGAAUUCUAAAGAGGACGUAAUUGAUUUAUUAUUAGCCAGUUUACAGAAAAACAUUGAAAAUCUAACUUUAUCCCCUAAUUACAUUCCUAACCUUAAUUAUAAAAGUUGUAUUUGUAUUAAUUCCAUUCCAAUAAUUCCUCCAGCUAUGACUCUCAUUAAACUCGAUGAAAUGAGAUCCUUUAAAAUAAAAGCUUCAAGCUUAGAAAAAAAGAUGCAUUCUCAAAAAACAUCUCUUCUUUUGGAUAAAAUUCAUUCCAUAAUUGAUAAGCUAGAACCUAAUUUUGAUGAAACAUUUAUUAAUUCCACACAUUUUGACAAAUUAAAUCAAGAUGACACCUAUAUUGAAACAAAAACAAAAGAACAUCUAAAUCUUAAUCAAACAUUUAAAAACAAUGAAAAUCUAUCAAUUUCAGAUCAAAGCAGAAAUAAAGAUCAAAAUAGUCAGAUGAAUAUACUUAAAAGACAAAAUUUUGAUUUUCUCUUGUUAGAUGCAGUAAACAUGGAAAAUAUUAAAACAUCUGAUAACAAAAUUAAUACCCUUUUUAUCGACCAAUUAAAUUGUAAUAUUCCUUCUAACAAAAUUAUAGAAAAAAUAUCACCAAAAUCUAAAUCAAUACAAAACUCUCUCAAACCAAUUAAAACCACUAUAAAAUAUUUGAAUACUGAAUCUGACAAGAUAAACAUGAGUAAUCAUGAUAAUGAUCUUAAUAAUGGGGAGUCAAUAUGUGAUGAAACCUUCACAAAUUUAUAUAAUGAAACUCAAGAUAGUUCUCAAUUAUCUAACUACUUGGACAUAUCAACUUGGUCAAGUUCUAAUGACCAUAUAGAUAAUAAUCAAAAGAAGGAUAAAAAUUGGAACUCCAAGUUAUUAGUUAAAAAUCAAGGGGAUACCCCUUCAUCAAACAUGGUAAGAAGUAGUUCUUACACAUUGGACAAACCCUCACCUGUAUUACUGGCACAUCUUAUAGACACAGCCGAUAUUCAGGCCAGGUGUCAGAAAGGGUCACAAAUUUACCUAAAUAAAGAAAUAAUACCCAACAAAAAUCUUGAAAAUAAAAUAAUUCACGAUAAAGACAAUUUUUUGAACCAAAAUUUCUCCCAAUCAUUACAUGAUACCAACCAAAAUGUAAACAUGACAAAAAAUAAAAAAUUUGUUCACUGCAAUGGCCAUGUAGAUUCAUUCCUCUCAAGUAACAAUAUGAGAACAUCUUCUCCCAUCAACUCCUUACCUUCAUCCGAUGAUAAAUCUUAUAUCUCGACUGAAAAAAAAAACUAUAUUUCAUCUAAUCUUUCGGGGAACCUCCAAAAUAAGGCGUCUCCCCUAAUCGACUCCUCUGACAUAUACCCUGCCUCGCGUCUAUCACGCUCACCUUCAACGAACAUUGAGCGAAUGAACCGCGAAAAAUUGGAGAGAAAGGAUUACGAAAAAUCUUCGAAAUUCGCCGAUUCGAAAUCUAUAUUAAACGCUUCCGAAAUCAUUACGGAAAACAUGGGCAAACUAGAACACAUGGCAAAAUACCUUAAUGGCUUGGACCCAUCCCCCUUUCCGCUACUCGAAGAGCAUUACGAGUCGAACGGCGCGAGUCCCGAUUGCGGCUCUUUCAAAAAUUUUGCCAAAUACGAAAUGCGCGAUAACAAAAAUGGAGAGCAUUCUAUCAACAACAGGGGGGACUCAUACGAAUCGGCUUCCCAAAACGACUGCAAAGAGACUAAUGGUGGCUGUGAAAUGAGAGUCAAGUUUUACCCAAGGAAUCUUUGUGAUUCUGAUCUUAACUCUUCGACCCUCUCCUACAGAAAAAGCCUAAACGAUUACGGCCAAAAUAUCGAUGGGUAUUCUUCUAUUAACAACGAUCAAAGAUCCGUCGUUUCUAAUACAGUUUCUCGCGAAGACGAGAUUGUUCCAGCGCUCAGGAAUCGAAGGAAUUCUUUGAGAGUCAAACAUUCUAGGAAUUCUUACUACAGCAACCAUUCCAAUAGUAGCAAUAAGAGCCUAAACGUCGUGUCCUUAGAAGCGACAAAACUUGCCGCUUACGUGAAGGGAUAUUUGGUGAGGCGGCUUUACAAGACUAACAAGAUUCAGCAUUUAAAAACAACCAUAAAAGAUACGCUAGAUUGCUUGUAUCAAAUCAAUAUAGACAGGCAACACAAACAUCGAAAUGAUUCGCAUUCAACCGCCACUCACAACGGGGAUUCUAACCAUAUGGGAAAUGCGGAAGAUCUUCAAUCCUUUAUGGAUAUGGAUUUAGUGGAACGCCUCACAGCACAAUUAGCGUGCGCUCUCGACGAAAUACACGAAAUUUUUUUCGAGUACCUACCCGCGCAGAAAAUGAAGAUCAUCGAGUUGGAUCGUUACGUCAUCAUCAACAAAUUACAAAGAAGACAAGAUGAAGAGCGAAAAAAAUUGGCCUUAAAAAAGCAACUGCUAGAAGCGUCUUAUCAUCAUCAACAACACCCUUCUCACUCGAACAACGGUAGUAAAAAUAACAGCAAUAAGUCGCUGAACGUCAACGCCAAUUUUAACGGAAAAUAUACCGACCAUUUCAGGAGGCAUAAUACUCUGCCCAAAAAAUAUAAGAUACCUCCAUCCUUCGGACUAAAUUAUGUGAAUAGGUCAUAAUAUAUAAUAAUAUGAAACCCUUGCAUUUAAAAAUCGUAUUUUUUUUUGUUAAGUAAAUUUUAUAUUAUUUUUUUUUGUAUAACAAAUUUCCCUUCCCCUUUUAAAUAGCUCAAAAUAUUUUGAUUAAU